GUUACCAGUGAUACCGAGUUACAUAGCAUGGAGAAACCAUUUCUGUCUUUUGUGCGUUGUUCAUGUUCAGUCUUUCCAUACAACAUUGACCUCGUAGCAAUCUGUUUUUAAAUAAUAGUUUUACAUUAUUCGAUUUACAUAUUUUUUGUGACAAAAACAGAUUAGUUUGUAUGGUUUUAUUACAUGAUAUUUUCAAGGAAAGAAAUCUGUACUAAACUGUUAAAGCUAACAUGUACUUCUUCUCUAUUUGUGCCUUCAGUGCAUCAGUAAUUGUGAAUUUUAUUGAUAACUCGGUUUUCAGCUCUUUAAUGUUAAACGUUAAUAGUAAAAAUCCAUUGCAGACGUUCUUUCCAAGAGCUAGUAAAUCGAACAAGUUAAAUAAUCAAACAUCGAUCGAUCCUAAAACCACAGUGGCAGGUUGUAUGGACAAAUGGUUUGGAGAAAAACGAUUAUGGUUGUUUGGAAACCAUUUACCAUUACUUCCUCGAAGUAAUCUUCCUUUCAGAUGGACCUCUGGGGACUCUAGCGCAGGAAGUGCCCUCAAAGUAUUAGCAGAAAGGUCAAGAGGUAGUAGCAGAAUGGAUCGCUAUGAAAAGCUAAGCCGUUUAGGAGAAGGAUCGUAUGGAGUGGUUUACAAAUGCAGGGAUCGAGAGACUGGAUCAUUGGUAGCCGUCAAGCGAUUUGUAGAAUCAGAAGAUGAUCCUGCCAUAAGAAAAAUAGCUUUGCGAGAAAUUCGUUUGUUGAAAAAUCUGAAGCACCCAAAUCUGGUAUGUCUACUGGAAGUUUUUCGGCGGAAACGAAGACUGCAUCUAGUGUUUGAAUUUUGCGAACAUACUGUUUUGCAUGAGCUUGAACGACAUCCGGAGGGCUGUCCCGAUAAUCUCACCAAACAGAUUACUUACCAAACAAUCCAAGGAGUCGCAUAUUGCCACAAACAAGGAUGCUUACAUCGUGAUAUAAAACCGGAAAAUAUUCUACUAACAGCACAAGGGCAAGUUAAGUUAUGCGAUUUCGGAUUCGCGCGAAUGUUAAGUCCUGGAGAGAACUACACAGACUACGUUGCAACACGUUGGUAUAGAGCUCCAGAGCUGCUAGUUGGUGAUACUCAGUAUGGAACGCCUGUAGAUGUAUGGGCAAUCGGCUGUGUAUUCGCAGAACUCAUUCGUGGUGACGCUCUCUGGCCAGGAAGAAGCGAUGUGGAUCAACUUUAUCUAAUACGGCGCACCUUGGGUGAUCUUCUACCUCGGCAUUUAGCAAUAUUUAAUCAAAAUGAAUUUUUCAAAGGCAUAACACUACCGGUUCCUCCAACUUUAGAACCAUUAGAAACCAAAAUGCCGUCACGAACACUAUCUAGUCUUGCUAUGAUGGAUUUCCUUAAGCGAUGUCUUGAUAAAGACCCUGCUAAACGUUGGUCCUGCGAGCGACUGUCUACUCAUCCAUAUUUUGAAGAUUAUGUGAGCAAACAAAAAGAGAUAGAACAAACGACUACUCUUGACGCACAGAAACAAGUUAAUCGCGAAUCAAAACCGAAGGUUACCAAUACGUCGCUGCCUCAGCUCACGACUACUCUCGAGUCUCGAGUUCAACCAAAAAAUACUUAUCUUCGUUCUGACCAUCACCUACCAACGAUUUGAAAACUAUCAUUCGUACCCAAUUACUAUUUCGAAACCCACAUUACGUUAAAAAUAAAUAUCCAA